AAAAAAUAUGGGUUGAUUUUUUAUUUAUUUUUCUGCUAUUUGUUUAGUCUGUUUGCUUAAUUCGGAUGAUAUCUAUAUAAGUUUGAUUUUGGUUUGGUUUGUUUGUUCUGGAAAUAUAUACCGAUAAGAGAUUACAGUUUAGAUCCUAAAACGGGAAUUAAAGAUCCAAAAACAAACAAAAAUCAAUAAAGGAAGCCACGUAUGCAGAGAUUUAGAAAAACAACAAACAAUCGGCUCGUUUUCUCCUGAGUUUUCUCUUCAGUGCUUCACUAACUGAAUCUCUCACCACGUUGCCCUGAGAGAUCAGAGAAGCGACUCAGAACCCUAAUCUACAAGUUCGAUUCUGUCAAAUCUCCAUUUGGAGAUUUUAGCAAUCCGAUGGGGACUAUGCACCGGAGCGGUGCUCCCAGAAGGACAAAUGAAAACGCGAAGCUUAUCAUAACGACAAUCGUGGGAGUGGUGUUUGGUUUUUUUAUUGGUAUCACAUUACCAUCAGUUUCCUUUAGAAAGAUUAACUUUACCUCAGGCCUUAUAUCAUCUCUUGAUGUAGCCAUGUCAGACGGGAAGUUAUUUUCCGGUGGCAGAUCACCUGAAGAUUUUGGUUCUCGAGAAUUUCCCAAGAUAUAUGUUCCAACCAAUCCGCAUGGUGCAGAACUGCUCCCUCCAGGAAUUAUUGUGGCAGAAACAGAUUUUUACUUGCGCAGGUUAUGGGGUGAACCCAGUGAAGAUUUGAAGAAGAAACCAAAAUAUCUCGUAACUUUUACAGUUGGUUUUGAGCAGAGGAACAAUAUUAAUGCAGCUGUUAAGAAGUUUUCUGAAGAUUUCCAAAUUUUGCUAUUCCAUUAUGAUGGCCGGACAACUGAGUGGGACCAGUUUGAGUGGUCAAAAAAAGCAAUACAUAUCAGUGCAAAAAAGCAAACAAAAUGGUGGUAUGCAAAGAGAUUCUUGCAUCCUGAUGUUGUAUCAGCUUACGAAUAUAUCUUUAUAUGGGAUGAGGAUCUUGGAGUCGAGCAUUUCAAUGCAGAAAGGUACAUUGAGUUAGUUAAGAAGCAUGGUUUGGAGAUUUCUCAACCGGGCUUAGAGCCAAACAACGGACUUACAUGGGAAAUGACAAAGAGGAGAGGUGACCGAGAUGUCCACAAAGAAACUCAAGAAAAACCAGGAUGGUGCAGUGAUCCACAUUUACCUCCAUGUGCUGCGUUUGUUGAGAUCAUGGCACCCGUAUUCUCUAGAGAAGCAUGGCGAUGUGUUUGGCAUAUGAUUCAGAAUGAUCUUGUUCAUGGAUGGGGUCUUGAUUUUGCUCUCAGACGAUGCGUUGAGCCUGCUCAUGAGAAGAUUGGUGUAGUAGAUUCACAAUGGAUUAUCCAUCAAGUGAUUCCUUCCCUUGGAAAUCAGGGUGAGUCGGAGCAGGGGAAAUCUCCAUGGCAAGGGGUUAGAGAGAGAUGCAGAAACGAAUGGACACUGUUCCAGAACCGCGUGGCAGAAGCAGAUAGAAAGUACAUAGAACAGCACAAGGUUAAAGAAUAAUUUGGUUCAUCAUCAAAUCUUCUUCUUACUCUUGUCUCUGUAAAUGAAACUUUCGUUUCCAUGAUCAAGUGAGUGUGAGUAGAGAGAUCUCAGUAGCCCCCUCCUGUAGUUUAAAACCUCUCGUCAGAUAUAUCCACGUUUUUAGCUUUUAUAUAAUAUAUAUAUGUAGUGAUGAUAUUCCAUGGUUUAGAUGCAAAAUACAUCUUGAGGACUUUUUCCAGAUUUGAUCACAGCCCAACUUACACAAUACACACUGAACACAAACAGAACAAGUUUUUCCGAAAUACAAAGAGUACCACAAGAUCAUGUGCAAGAUAACAAGACUAAAGUCAACUCCACAAUGUUGGAAAUCAGAUGAAGAAGCAAUGUCAGAAGAGCUUUCGUUGGAAUCCUGGAUCGAUGUUUCUGGAUAACUUGGUAAGCUUCAUGGGAGCUCCAGGGCAAUGCGCAGAGGGAGGUGUGUGAGAGCCAUCACCACACUCCUCUAUUUGAAGACAGAGAACAAUACUAAAGAGGUUUUGGUACAAAGACUCGAUUAUUUCUUCAUCGGAACAAAUAUCAAUCCUCAUCUGAUCAUUGUAGUGGUCGCAAAGUGGAGACAAUGCAAUGACGAUUCCACUGUCCCCAUUAUAGAUAGGAGUUAAAGGUGAUGUUCCUUCUUCAAUGGAGGAGUCUUCUAGAACUCCACACUGAUCUCCAUUGUCCGUAGUAUUGUUAUAAUAUCUAGACUCAUGAGGCCUGUAACUUUUUGUUUAUC